ACGUGUGCAACCGUAGGACUAGUGCUCGUUGUGUUUGUACAGUGAGGGAUAUACAUUAAAUACGACUUACUACAUACAUAAUUUAGAAUAAUAGUGCUAGUAGUGUUAGUAGUCUUGGUAUGUACGUAAACACCGUGUUGAUGCCCCGUCUAAAGCGUAUCAGGUGAUGUAUGCUUGCACCCGUCGCUCGCCCAAACUAUCAUGAUCAAACAAUCGAAUGCACAAACACAAACACAGCUACACACACAUGCCCGUACACCGUCUCGCAACUGUUCACGGUCCCCACUUGGCCAGGGUGCUUCCCAUAUCUCUAUGCCUGAGAUCAACAUGACGACUAUUAAUGUGAAUGGUAAGGAGCAGACUCAUGCAAGUGAUAGUUCCGGUGUAAACGAGAACGGCGAAAGCAGGGAGGAUCUCUACAGGCGAAUUGCUGAGCUAAAACAUGAAGUAUUGAUGCUCAACAAGGAAUUGGAGGCACGCGAAGAUGAUUCUUAUCUUGAC